AUGAAUUUGAUUUCAUCAUUUAUUUUUGUUGCUUUACUAACAACUCCUUGUUUUUAGAAAUGCAGCUAGAAGAUAGAUGCUUUGACUAUCUAUGCCACAAAAGAUGAAAGAUUGAAUUGGAAUUUGGUUGAUGAAUUUUUUAGUGGAGCAGGGUUGACAUUCUCUUUAAGUGAUACCCAACAGAACUAGUUCAAGAUAAUAGACCCGGUAGAAAACACAGGAGGUUCUGCUCCAUAUUUUUAAUGUAUUUAAAAGUUAUGAAGUGUUAGCUGCCACCAAGAUUGUAUCAUCAAGAGCACUAAAGUCAAACAAAUAUUGGGUCAAUUCAUUCGUGUUUUUAAACAAGGGAACGACAUCAAUAACAUUGGGAAUAGCUGAAGGGUAUAAGAGAUUGUAAUUAUGAUAGGGAGGCAGGUCAGAAUGUAGAGGCUCCAAAAUUUGAUGAGGUCAUAACUCUGAACUAAAUAACAGACGGAUUAAAUUGUUAUGAUUUGGAAUAUAUCGCUGAGAAGACCUUUAUUGUAGAUUGUUCAAAGGUGGUUAAGAAUGAAGUCAAGAAUGUGUUAUAUUAUGUGAACGAUGGAGAUUCUUAUGAAUACUUGGUGGAGGAUGCAUUGAUAACAGCAUACCAUGGCCGUAUAUUGGGCUAAUACAAGGUGAAAGGAUAGGGUGGAAAGGAGUUCAAGUACUUGGUGAGAGCAACUCCCUCAUAUUCGAUUUCACAAGAUGGAUCAUUGAGUGGAGACUCCAUAUUGGAGAUUUACCUGUUGAAUGAUAAGGGCUAACCCUCCUAUACCGGAUAUGUUCUGGAUGGAGUAACUAUGGGUUUGUUGUUGGAUAAAUUUUAUGAUUUUGAGUUUAAUAUAGUGGACAUGAAGGUGUUGGAGAAUGGAGAUAUUUAUUUGUUGGAUGCUUAAUAUGGAGUAUUUGUAGUAAAUUUCAUUCCAAAUGGUACAUUUUCAUUGAAGAAAUAAAUUGAUACUGGAAUGAGUUUUGCUUAUGCAUUUGAUAGAAAUAUUUUCUUGAGAAGAGAUGGCACUUACUCAGAGAACAUAGCUGUCUUAGGAUAUGGAUUUGUCGAAUUAAUCGUCGAUGGUGUAUUGAAAUCAGAAUACAAAUUGCCCGAUGGAAUUCAUUAUACAUUCCCAGCUAAUGUUGACUUGUCAUAGGAGUUCGUGAUUGUUAGACAAGAUGAUGCCACUUAUCUUUUUGAUAUCGAUGCAAAAUCAAACGACUUGUUACAAUUAUAAGUGAUUCCAUAGACUAAUUAUGUAAUGAUUAAUCCAUUCUUGCCAGAUAUGAUAGUGUUGACUUAGGAUACAGCCUAUAGAUACACUUUAUCAUAAGGAUAUCUUCAAUACAAAGGAUCUGACACUGUGUAAGAAAAGAAGAUGAUUGAAAUCAUAGCAACAAGUGCUGAUCAAACUUGUAAGGUUCAACUAACAUAUCAGAUUAUCGAAAGUGAUGAUAAAUAACUUUAUAAAUACAGUGACAGUCUCACUCCAUUCCCUAGUCAAAUAACAGAAGACACUGAGCCAUUCUAAUUGAAUGUAUUAACCAGUGGACCAAACGAGUAAUACAAGCAAAUUGUGGAAUUGAAAGAUGAUACAACUGCAGUAACAGUUACCUUAAGAACCUAUUGGGAGUUGAAAUUCCCAGUAGAAUUACCUAAGGAUUUACAAUUCCAUGAUGUUUUAGUGGGAACACAAUCAUCAUAUUUCUUCUUGGCCCAAUAGAAUAAGGAUGGUAAAUUAACCAUUCUCAAGGCUACACAUGAUUCCAUCUUCAAUGGUGAUGCCACUUAUGAGAAAGUAUUUGACAGUGUGAGUGUUGGUACUAAAUUGACUAAAUCAACAUUCUAAAUGUGGGAAUGUGAAUGUCCCAAAUUCCACUUCGCUUAUGUUGAGAACAAUAAUGUAUACAUGAAAGUAUACACCAAUAAUUAAGUCAAAGACAUUAAGACAAUCCCAUUUGAGAAUGGUGUUAGCAUAUUGUUCUUAAAGAAUUAUCUAUUCCUAUUGUAAAAUGGAACAGUCAGUGCAUACACAGAACAUGGAGAAUUUGUUAAGUCUGUUGAUUUGGAUUUAUUAGUAGAAUAAGGUUACAAGGGAACAUGGGCACCCAAGAAGAUCUUUGGUAAUAGAAAAUUAAGAGAAAAUCUUAUAUUUGUGAUUCAUCAAGAUCACAUCACUCUCUUAGAUUUCCACACAUCAUACACCUUCAUAAAAUAAAUUGACAUUGAUGAAUCUGAUAAUAUUGAAUUGGCCAUCGGUGCUGAAACAUUCUUUGUCAUCACUAAUAAAAUUGUAGAAUACGAUUUCGAUAGAUUGAACAACAUCUAUUAGACCAAAGUAGUCCAAUUGUAUAACUUUGAAUUAGUCUGGCCACUUUUGGGAGAUUUCUGUUCAGACACAGGUUAUCUCUUUGUAGUUGCUAAAACUAAGACAUAAGAACUUAAUGAAGAUACUGCUAAGAACCACAUUUUGGUUAUUCAACCUAAUACACUUUAACAUGAAGCAGUGUUCUAAGCUCUUCCUGUUGAAGAUCCAUAAUUGAUCUCCACUCAGGGAACCUCAUCUUAAAUGUAUGUCUAUCUCCAAACCAAGACUCAAGCUCAAGUCUACUCUAUGUUGACUAAUCCUGUCUUAAUUGUUGCACCAUCUAUCAAUGAUCCAUAAUUUGCUGCUUAAAUUGAUGUAUCUCUAGAGAUCUUCAACUUCUAAGAUUCACCUUCCAUCACUAUCAAAUAACCUAUCAAAGUCAUCAAUACUCAAACCAAGGUGUAUUUAGACAAAACCAAAUUCAAAGCCAACUCGAUCGAAAUUGACUCUAAGGAUUAUGUUAAAAAAGUAAAGAAAUUAGGAAAUGACUGGUUUAGUGGCCAAAUCUCAGGAUUCCAAAUUACCUGUGAUCAAUGCAAUAAGGCUACUAAUGGAGUGUAACUUACAUAAACAGUCGAAAAAGCUAAUGUUUAAUUUUACAAACCAUACAAAAUUAAAUCCAUCAAUCACAAUAUUGCCCAAGCCAAUGAUGCUUUGAUUUUCCUAAAUGAUGAUGACACCUAAAAGGAUAUUAUCCCAUUGGAUUUACCUAGUGAAGUCUAUCAAUGUUUCGCAUCCACUUCCUCAGAAGAUUAUAUCCUAAGUUUAUGUCACGAUGGAACUCAAUACACUGUUUAUGCCACCAGUGGUAUUAGUGUAACAGGUUGGUUCCCUGUUGGUGAAGUAUUGAAAUUAGGCAAACUAACCAAAAAAAUAGAGUUACUUCAAAAUGACUUCUUAAUUGUUUUGGACAAUUAAUCAUUUGUUAUUUCCAAGAUCAACAUGGAGAAUGAAAAUUGGGAAUUAGAUGAAGAGUACGUAAUCAAUUUAAGUCAAAUUCAAACUCAAUAUGAAGACCUUUUAACAUUUACCCCUAAUGAUUUCCUUGUCACUGCAGUCAAUAAAGUUGAUGAUAUCUAACAUUACAAAGUGCUUAUUACAAGUGGUGAAGGUGUCUUCUUCUAAGAUUUCUACUUCUAGAAUUAAAACUUAGUAACAGUCAAUUUAGAGUAUGUUAAUCUAUCAGCUGAAUUAUUGAAAAUUAAACAAUACGCCAUUAGUAGUACUCAAUACUUGUUGGUCAAAGAAUUAAAAGCAUUUGAGGCUAACACCCUUAAUGUUUUCAUUUAAACCAGCAAUGUUGUUCAAUAUGGUUUGAAGAUUAAAUUUGCUACUAAGGAAGGAUAAACCUAUUUGACCUACUCAGGAUUGGAAACUUAAUUCUCACUGAAUAGAUAUGGUACUUGGAAUAAUGUUAGAAAUGUGGCUGUGUCCAAGAGUUAUGCAGCAAUUCCAUAUUCUAAUAUGGACAAAUACAUUGUUGCAAUUUAUCCUAUUGGAGAAUCCACAAAACCAACUACAGCAAUUGGAAGUUUCAGUUUCACUGCUGAUGCUUAAACAUUUAACACAUUAAAUUUCGGUUUAUUCUUUAGAAAUGAAAAAUUAUAUGCAAAUUCACCAACUAGUGACACAGAAUAAUAUUCAAUAAUUGCAGAACCUGAAUUAACAUUCAUCUAAACUGCUGAGUUCCCAUUAAAAUCAGAGAAGAUAGUCAUCAAGGUUGGAAAUGAUUUCAGUUCAUCUCAAGUCGAUUUCGAUUUGAAGGUAACAGUCUAGCCAGAUCCCCCUGGUCCUGGCCCUGAUCCCCCUAAACCAGAUCCUGAAGAAAGGUAUAAUCUUAUUAAUAUCAUAGCUCCAAAUUAUGGUGGAUCAUUUUGAGUAUUGUUGGAGGAGUUUUAUUGAUUGGAUUUAUAGCAUAUGUUAUUAUUCGUAUGAAAAAGAAGAGAAAUGGAGAUGAUUAUGAUUCAAUGAAUUGAAUAUUGUAUUCAUAUUAAGAAACAUAAACAAUUUAUAAUAAUAUGC